ACGCGCGGCUUCGGAACCGGGUUGUUCUCCUCUGGCCGAACGCGCGAGGGAGAGACAGAAGGACGUCAGCGCGCUGCGCCUGCGCAGUGUGGAUGGGCCCUUUGUUUCCGGAAGGAGGGCAAGCGGUGUUUGGGGGCCAGAGAUAGGGCCCUCUCUUUGCGCAGGCGCAGCUGUGUCUCUUAUACCCCCGUCGCGCGCGGAGGGGGCGGCCAGUGUCAGCGCCGCUGUCGACUCGGGAAGGCGCCUCUAUGGCGAUGAACUACAACGCGAAGGAGGAGGCCGCGGCGACGGCGGCGGUAGACGGACACCCUUCGGGCCCCGGGAGCAGCGGCUUGGGAGUCGGCGGAAGCGGAGUGUCCGGGACUGUGGGGGCCGCCCUGAAGAGCCGCAAGCCGGACAACACGGCCUUCAAGCAGCAGCGCCUCCCGGCCUGGCAGCCCAUCCUCACGGCCGGUACCGUCCUGCCCGCCUUCUUCGUCAUCGGCCUCAUCUUCAUCCCCAUCGGCAUCGGCAUCUUCGUCACCUCCAACAACAUCCGCGAGUACGAGAUUGAUUAUACAGGAGUAGAACCAAACAGUCCCUGUCAUAAAUGUUUAAAUGUGUCCUGGAACAGCACACCUUGCCAGUGUACAAUUUACUUCACAUUGGAUCAUCCUUUUGAGAGCAAUGUGUUCAUGUAUUAUGGACUAUCCAAUUUCUAUCAAAACCAUCGGCGCUAUGUGAAGUCUCGGGACGAUAGCCAGCUAAAUGGAGAUAAUAGUUCCUUAUUUAACCCCAGUAAGGAGUGUGAACCUUACCGCACCAGUGAAGGAAAACCUGUCGCUCCUUGCGGAGCUAUUGCCAACAGCAUGUUCAAUGAUACACUGACAUUGUAUCGUAUUGAGCCUAACGAAACACACCCUAUACCUAUUCAUCUGACUAAAAAGGGAAUUGCUUGGUGGACAGACAAAAAUGUUAAAUUCAGAAAUCCUAUGGGAGAUACAAAAAACUUGACUGCACUUUUCCAUGGCACAUCAAAACCUGUCAACUGGCCCAAGCCAGUGUAUUUGCUAGAUUCAGAUCCAGACAACAAUGGGUUCAUCAAUGAAGACUUCAUUGUGUGGAUGCGUACUGCAGCACUACCUACAUUUCGUAAACUAUAUCGCCUUAUAGAAAGGAAGGAUAAUCUACUUCCUACUCUGCCAGCGGGAAACUAUUCUUUGGUUAUAAACUACGUUUAUCCUGUGCACAGCUUUGAUGGGAGAAAACGGAUGAUCUUGAGCACCAUUUCAUGGAUGGGAGGCAAGAAUCCCUUUUUGGGAAUAGCUUACAUAACUGUUGGCUCCAUCUGCUUUUUUCUCGGUGUAGUGCUGCUAUUCAUACAUCACAAAUAUGGAAAUAGGAACAGUAGUGCGGACAUACCCAAUUAAUUCCAUCUCUCCAAAUCACAUGUACUGCAUGUGCAUCAAGGCCAGUCCAGAAUGGACACCGCUUUUCAAAGCUAUCCCUGGUAAAUGUUACUCAUGACACUGAAUGCAUAAGUAUAUCUGAAGCCUUGUUUCCCUUACAAUGGACUAACUUGAGGAUAACAGCUAUAAAAGUUAACUUAAAUAAAAAUUAUGCAGGUUAGCGGAUUUUUGACAUUUUCCUCUUGCUGGACAAGUGCCAUGAUGCGCAUAUAGUCUUCCCUCACCUAAUGCAUCUGCUGCUUGUUUGUUCAUAUACUUUGUAAUAUGUCAGUACUGUGUACAGACUGUGUGACAAGAUUGUUUUUAGGAUAGAAUAGCUUUGUUAGUGUUUGGGGGAUAUCAGAAUGUGCUGGUGCUACUGGAAGAAAAAGAGAGCUGUCCACUGUUUUGUCUCACAUGACAUUGUGCGCAUGGGCUUCAUGCUCCCUACAGCACUUACUGUAUUCAACUUAUACAGCUCAUUCUGCAUUGAGCUCAUUCUACAUGUUUAAAGGUCAGACCACUUUCCACCAAAUGUGCUAGGCAUGUGAAAUUGUGCAAGAAGCUUACCUCUUGAUGAGUGUCUCUUAAAAGCUGCUUUCCACAUGGGAGUAACUGCUAUAUAUAAAGCUCUUUUGUUAAAUUGUACAUGCUUUUGUCUUACACCCAGCACCUUGUGUUGUUCAAAUCUCAUAGCAUGUCUUCUGCAGAAUUGGGGAGACUUUAUUUUGAAAGCUAGGCUCAACCGUGUGUCAAGUACAGAAAUUGUCUCCUUUGAUUCAAAGCAAGGUGUGUCCACAAUUCAUCAUUUAUUCCUAAUUCAGAAAAAGCAUUAAACUUCUAAGAGUUUUCCAGCUCCUUAAGUUCCUUUGCUCCUCAGAUGUAACUUAGCUUGCCAAUAAAAAGCAAGCAAUAAAAUCGCUGUGGUGGCAUAAGUGGGGACUUUUGCAUCUUGCAGAUUUUCAAUCAAAUCUGUCCAGAUUUUAAGAAACCCACUCACUGAUAAUAAAAUUGUACAUGUUGUAUUGCUAUGUACAUGGAGAUUAUAUUAUUUGAAACUGGUUUGUUUGUCUGAAUAUUGGCUAUUGAAUAAAUCUGUUUUUGUUUAUGAAAAUA